AUGUCGAAAAGACAAACCAGCCUCCUCAGUUACUUUACUUCUCCGAAGGUCUCCAAGACCAGUGAAAAUAAAGUUAAAAUUCAAGCCGAAAACGAUUCCGAUGAUGAGAUAAUCGUGAAGAAACGUCCAAGAAAAGUCGUCGAUGAAGAUGACGAUGAUAUCGAAGAUAAUUGCAAGGAGCCUCCUACAAAAAGAAUCCAACGAUCGAGCAGUGGAUCGGAAAAUGAAAACACGUCUCCUAAUAAAUCCAAAAAGCCCAAAAGGAGAAUAGCAAGACUGGAUUCCAGCUCGGAGUCCGAGGGUGAAGGCGAAUCGAAAUCGAAGAAUUCGUUGAAAGAUUUGUUCAAGAAAGGACAAGCGCCUCCAACGGAUUUGAAAAAUGACACUCCUAAUCGUAAAAUUAUUGAAGAAAAAGAGGCGCCCAUCGAGGUGAAAGACAUCCAUUCGAUUUGGCUUCACAACAGACUCGAAUUUUUGAAGCCCGAUAAAAUUAUGGAUAUCAACAAGAGGAAACCCGAUCAUCCGGAGUACGAUUCGAGAACUCUGUUCGUUCCGGAGAAGUUCCUGUCGGGACUCACCCCUGCCAUGAGGCAAUGGUGGGAGCUAAAAAGCCGCCACAUGGAUUCGGUUUUAUUCUUCAAAGUCGGGAAGUUUUACGAACUCUAUCACAUGGACGCUGUCGUUGGAGUAACUGAACUUAAUUUUUCUUAUAUGAAAGGUGAAUUCGCCCAUUCGGGUUUCCCCGAAAGCGCCUAUGGGAAGAUGGUGGCCGCUUUGAUCGAAAAAGGGUACAAAGUAGCUAGAGUGGAGCAAACCGAAACGCCGGAUAUGAUGAGCGAAAGGCUGAAAAAGGCCAAAUCCAGCACGAAGUUCGAUAAAGUCGUUAAAAGGGAAAUUUGCCAGGUAUCUGCGAAAGGCAGUGUCGUGCUCACUGCACAAAUGGCUAAUACUCAGAACUCUGCUCCAUUUUACCUCUUCGCCAUUUGCAUGAAGGAAAGUUCGUAUGGAACUGCAAGAAUAGGUGUUUGUUUCAUCGAAACAACCCUCGGAACUGUCUAUUUAUCGGAGUUUGAUGACGACAAACAUUUCUCUAGACUUCUAGCUCUGUUUGCUGAAUACCCACCUGCAAGGAUAUUACUGGAAAAAGGCGGAAUUAACAAACAACUCAACCAGCUACUAAACUGCAAUUUUAAGGAUAUAAAGAAAGAUUUUUUGCUGUCCAAAACUCAAUUUCACGCGGCGAGCGACACGCUCGAAAAGCUCUCGAACGCAUGCUAUUUUCGCAAUAGCAACAACGACUUUUACUGGCCCGAAGUAUUUAAAAAAAUCGCAGACGAUUGUCUUCCGAAAAGCGAAUACGAGCUAACGAUAAGAUGCAUCGGAGCUAGCAUGUGGUAUCUAAAAGACAGCUUCAUAGACAUACAGGUGUUCUCUUCGGGGAAGUUCGAGUGGUACGAUCCGCUCGAUUUCGUCGCCAAGGAGACGAAAACGCAGGACUACCUGCUGCUCGACUCCGUCACCAUACACAAUCUCGAUCUGCUCGAGACGAAAAUUUCGUUGAAGAACACCCUGGAUCGCUGCCAGACGGCCUUCGGCAAGCGGCUGCUAGCCAGGUGGAUUUGCAGGCCGCUGUGCGACAUCAAAAAGAUACAAGAACGCCAGAACGCCAUUAAGUGCUUGUACGAGAAGCCGAGCAUGCUGUCUAACGCGCAGGCUGUGCUCGCCAAAAUGCCGGACCUCGAACGCCAACUCACCAAGAUACACAUUUUCGGGAAUAAGUUCCUUUCGACCGACCACCCCGACGGUAGGGCUGUGUUUUACGAGGCCAAAACUUACUCGAAGAGGAAGAUUAAGGACUUUCUGAAAACGCUGAGGGCUUUCGAGAAGGCUCAAGAAAUCGCAGAUGUCUUUUCGGAUUGCGACGAUCGCCUACUGAGAAAAAUAACUCAGUACGAACCCAAGGGGGUGAAUGUGGAUUUGUCCGAAGUGCUGAAUCAUUUUAAAACUGCUUUUGAUCAAGAGCAAGCCGAAAAAGAGGGUACGAUCAUCCCCAAAAGGGGCGUCGUAGAUGAAUUCGAUGGCAUCGAAAAUAUCAUAGACAACAUCAAAAAGAAUCUCGACAAUUAUCUGGAAUCGCAAUGCAAAUUCUUCGGGUGCAAAGUGAGCUACGUGGGUAACGACAAGAAGCGCUUCCAGUUGGAAGUGCCAGAGAGUAAGACCCACAAGGUUACCAAAGAUUAUCACAUGGAAGGCGCUCGAAAAGGUGCUAAACCGGUUAAGAAAUAUUCCACUCCAACAACUAGGGAAUUGCUAGCGAAUAUGUUGGAAGCGGAGGCUGAAAGAGCUAAGAUUAUACUCGACUUGAACAGAGCUAUAUUUGAGCAAUUUAGCGCCAAGCAUGAACAAUUUGACCGCGUGAUACAAUGUCUAGCUUUAUUAGACGUGCUUUGUUGUCUCGCUGAAUACGCCAGAACUUUCUCGCAGGACAUUUGCAUGCCGAAAGUAUUACCUUUUGAUGAUAAGCCUUCGAUCCUGAUCGAAAACGGUCGCCACCCGUGCAUUCCUAAUAUCGAUAGCUUUGUUCCCAACGAUACUCAAUUAGGCGUCGAAGAUCACCCCGGCAUUUUAAUAUUAACAGGCCCAAAUAUGGGCGGUAAAUCGACGUUGAUGCGACAAAUAGCCGUUAUUUCCAUCAUGGCGCAAAUAGGCAGCUUUGUACCGGCUUCUAGAUGCGAGAUGAAUCUAAUCGACCGGAUUUUCACCCGCCUGGGCGCCCAGGAUGACAUCCUACAGGGCCAGUCUACUUUCUACGUCGAGCUCGCGGAGGCUUCGAGCAUUCUCCGGCACGUCACUCCACGUUCGCUGGUGGUUAUUGACGAAUUAGGCAGAGGCACUUCCACGCACGAUGGAAACGCUAUAGCUACAGCUUACGUUAAAAAGUUGACGGAGGUCAAGUGUCGCACCAUGUUCUCCACGCAUUAUCACUCGCUCGUGAGCAAUUUCAAAGCCAGUGAUGAUGUACAACUGACCCAUAUGGCUUGCAUGGUAGAGAAGGAUGAUGAUGAAACUGAAGAAUCCGUGACAUUCCUUUACAAGCUUGCGAGUGGCGUUUGUCCAAAAUCGUAUGGAUUUAAUGCUGCUAAGCUGGCAGGUAUGGAUCGGCGAAUCAUCACCAGAGGAAGAGAUAUAGCUAAGAGUAUGGAAGAAGGUAAUGCUAUACGUAACGCGUUUUGUUCGAUCUUCAAUCAAACUGACAAAUUGGAUGUUUCUUCGCUUAGAGAAGCAUUGCUCGCUGUUUGUUAA